AAUAAUAAUAAGAUUGAUAAUCUACAUUGGUGUUCAAGUUCUACAAAUAAUAGAAAUAGAAGUAAAGCAAAUGGAGUAGAAUAUAAUUUCGUUGAUGAAAUCAGUGAAAAUUCAAUUACUGUUUCACAUUAUGGAAAUCAUGAAUUUGAGGAUUUAUUUUACGACAUCAAUGCAGAUUUGUUUUAUUAUUAUAACGGUCGUCAGUAUAAAGAACUAUACAUUAAUGAAAACAUAAAUGGUUCAUUAUAUGUUAACGUUUAUGAUGUUAAUGGAAAAAGAACAUGCAUUACGUAUAGUAAAUUCAAACGCUUACAUAAUUUAAUAUGA